AUGGGCGUCUCCAGUUGUCCUGAUCAAGAAGAAAGACGGAUCAACCAGUUGGAUGAAAUAUUAACAGUGUUAAACAAUGCCAACUUCCAAUUAAAUCCAUCAGAAUCUUCAAUAAUUCACUUACAAAUGGAUUAUUUAGGCCACACAGUCAACAGCCAAGAUAUUACACAUUUGAUGGAUAAAGUUGAAGUUCUUGUUGAUUUACUCACACCAAAAUCAAUUAAGGCUGUUGAUGCAUUUUUGGGAGCAGCUAUUUUUUAUAGAAAAUUCAUUCCAAAGUUCUCCAUAAUAACAGCACCAUUACACAGGUUAACAAGAAACAGAAAACAAAAAUUCUUCUGGAAUCCAGAACAACAACAAGCCUAUGAACAAUUGAAAGAAAUUUUAUCAACAGAACCGUUAUUAUUGUCCUUUCCAGACCCAGCAUCGCCACUGGUUUUAUCAACAGAUGCAUCCAACAUCCAUUAUGGUGGCAUUUUAAAACAAAUCACCUAA